CACGAUGAGAGCUGGGUUACCCAGCUGAUAUCGCGCUUGUCCUCGCCCCCGCCGCCAUAACUUACGUGCUUACGAUCAGAUUGCUUUACCUGGAUUUCGAUGUCCAGUUACGAGCUUGAGCUCGCUCACCCAGAUGCGCUCGAGCAGCAGGAAUUCGGUGGAUAGUGACGAUAGCAAUGCCGUCGACGUUAGAGCGACUUCUUCUACUUCUACCUCACGGCACUCGCGUCGGUGUGGGUUUCCAGAGUGCCAGAAGGCGGCCAAGCGCGGUGGGCUCUGUAUAUCGCACGGGGGAGGCAAGAAGUGUGCAGUCGAGGGCUGCACCACCAGCAUAGUCAGUCGAGGGCGCUGUGUCGCUCAUGGUGGCGGUAAGCGAUGUCAGACCCCAGACUGUACCAAAAGUGCGCAAACCGGAGGAUUUUGCUGGGUCCAUGGGGGCGGCAAGAAGUGCGGCUUUCAGGGCUGCAAGAAGCGAGCGCAGAGUGGUGGGGCUUGUAUUUCACACGGUAUGCAACAUACUUCUAGCGCCUAGAAAAUGAACUACUAACAAGUGUUCAA